CAAACUCCCACCCAUACCCACGCCUCUUCAGUUUGGAUCCAGUCAUAAAGUUUAGGCGUAAGAGGUGUCGACAACGGUCCUAAACGAAAUGACGGCAACUGCGAAUGAAGCUCUGAUGCAUGCUGCUAUCCACGACUCACUUGAAGGCGCUGAAGCAGCAUUGAAAGCUGGUGCAGACAUCGACUUCAAACAUACGAUAGAAGAUUUCUCAGGCACAGCACUGUACAUCGCUUCCAUCGCUGGACAUGUCGGCGUAGUGAGACUGCUGCUCCGCAAGGGGGCUUCUAUGGUGGAAAGAACGGGUUCAUUUGCUCCCCUUCAUGCAGCAGCGUUGAAAGGGUGGACAGAAGUGGUGGACUUGCUGGUGCAGCAUGGUGCAACAGUAGACGUACGGGACGGCUUCCAGUGCACACCACUGAUGUAUGCAUGUGGCUACAAGCAUGUCGACACAGUUCGGCGACUGAUCGAGCUCGGAGCAAGGACUGAUAAUCUCGACGGUUUUGUAGCCGAUAGGUUGGGGAAAGCAGCCGGAAACAUCGACGAGGGUACUAAGCUGGUGCAGGAAGCGAGGAAGACCAAGCUGUUGAGAUGCUGCAAUCCUAAGUGUGGCAAACCUGGCUACAGGAAAACCCUGAAGCUGUGUGGCCGGUGCAAGCUGACCCGCUACUGCAGCCGUGACUGUCAGAAACAACACUGGUCUGUCGGACACAAGAAGUGCUGUGGGCAUGACGCGUACUCUGACGAGCAAGAAGACCCCUUCGAGCAUUGGGUUUCGUUAAUGGAAGGUUUCGCUCAAAAACACGGAUCCGAAUUAUGUUUAAAACAUAUACAACAGUCACUGAAGGCAAUAUAUGGCUGAUAAUUCCAUAUGAAGCGUUGUUGACCACAAGAUACCACUUCAGCCAUACUCAACGUAGUAAUGUAUGAAUACUAGUGCAUAGAUCGUAGUUCAGGCGUUAUUAUGUAGAAAUAACGUGCCAUGUUUUCUAUUUUCUCACAUGUAUUUUGUCCCAAAUGUUAUGCGUCGUUAUGUUUUUUGAUUUGCUAACGUUAAUCUUAGAAUCGUAGAAAAGAAGUUAAAAGUUUAACAUGGAAAGUAGGAUUGUUUUAACGAAGCCACUUUUGUAGUGGUCACUUUAAUAGCCAGGAUACCAGCCUGUUUCAAAGGGUUACACAAGCUAGCCUGGAUGCCAGACUGUUUCCUGGACUUAGACAGGCCAGCUCCUCGGCUCUAGGACCAUCAUUCCCCCAAAGAAUGCUAUCACUGGGCCCCUUGUUGGCCAGUUGUAGAAUUUCCCUUCGGGGUAUGUUGGACCUGGAGCCAAAGACUUUGCUUGUGCAAGCCCUGGAAAUAGUCUGGUAUGCAGGCUAUACGUAAGCCUGCUCCUCCGCUGCCAACAGACAUGUUGCCGGUCCUAGGCUAGAGCGGAGGAGUUGGCCUAUGUGUGCCCUUGAAACAGCCUGACACCCAGUCUACCAUAUUUUUGUUUUCUAUCUGUAGAAUGUUGCAAGAUUAAUAUCACUGUAUAAUCACUGAAUCGUGUUUCACAUAAUAAAAGUAACAAAGCGGACCAA